AUGGACGCAGGCAGUCUCGCUCAGAUGUCUUCCAACUUUGUUUCUCCCGGUGGCCUGGCCUCGCGCCGCGGCAGCCAGAACAUCAAGCCGCUCUCUUUUGAUACCAUUAAGCAGGGCAACAAAAACCAGGACGGCGGCAUUCCAACUCCCCGUACCAGCCGCUCUCAUCUGCUUGCGGGCCUGAGAACGGCCCCCAAGUCUGCUGCGGCGGCUUCCUUUGGUCCCAUGUCGCCCACUGGUGCCGAUGGUCCUAUGCAGCAAUUCGCUCGGAACGGAUACGGCUAUGGGCAGGGUAAUGUUUACAACCCUCCCCUGACCGCUUUCCCUCAAUAUGGCCAGCAACAUCAGCAGCAGCAGCAGCAACAGCAGCAGCAGCAUCACUAUGCCAAUCAAGUGGGACAGCACGUGCUGGCAGCCGCCGCCGCAGCAGCAGGGGACGCUGGCAAGUCUCCUGCGCCCAAGACGGCCACCUUCCCCACCCCUGCCACUGGUGGAUAUGGCCCUGGUCAGGCUCGGGCUGGUGAGCAUCCAAUCCGUCAACCUCGCGGGCCACCUUCCAUGGACGAGCUGAAAGCGAAACCCACGGCCAAAUACGAGGGCAGCAAGAACUUUGCUACUCGCACCCGACGAUCGGCCGUCCACAACCUUGUUCGUGCUGGUCUGGAGCGCCGCAAAGGAUCUGGCAGCUCCAGCGGCAGCAUGAGCCCCGUCUCCGAGACGGCUGAAGAGUCAGCGACGCCCAUCACUGACAACGAGUCUGACUCUGGACGUAGUGGCUCAGGCAGCUUAGCUGGUGAGGUGGAAUGCCGUACUUCGCGAGCCUCUGCUGCUGGCGGCUGGGGCGCUAUCGGCUCAGACCGACCUAGCUCGCGGCAAAAGGUCCGCGGCAGCGUUGACAGCAACUCUGGCUCUGAGAGCGACAGCAACUCGUUUGCCGAUGUUUUCAAGAAUGGUGCUCUGCGAGCAUCCAAAUCACAGGAGGCUGCAGAUGGUCAGCGCAAGGCCCCCAGACUGGUUCUGACCAGCGUUGAGAAGCGUAAGAUGGCUUCUGUGGCAUAA